UUAGUUUUAUAAAAUCACUGCAAUCGUAAAUACAUACAUGCGAUAUUCGCACAGAAUCAAGUGAACGUUUACAGAUCUGAGUGAUUCGUGAACCGCAGUCGGAACUCGGCGCGCUUGUGACGCGCUCGUGACUGUGUUUCAUAAUAAAGCACAAUGAAUGAAAAAUCCAACGUCAGCCACAUCAGCGGGAGUGCGGUGUCCAUCAGUCAUGACGGCAGCAACGUAUCGGAUGGAUAUAGCGCGUUCCAAUCUCGUGAGCAGAUAAUAAAGUUGGAAAGCAAGAGCCAGUUGAACAUCGACAGUGGAAACGAUGGACACCAUCACGUCAGCCAUCCUACAUCAUAUGCAGAUACAUUGCUUCAUUUGUUUCGAGGAAACAUCGGAUCAGGGCUGCUCGCGAUGGGAGACGCUUUCAAAAACGGCGGCAUCAUUUUUGCUCCAAUAAUGACAGCUAUUCUUGGAGUCAUCUGCGUACACGCCCAACAUCUAUUGCUAAACUGUUCCGAAGAUAUCUAUACCAGGAUGAAACGUGAGAAACCUCCAGGCUUUGCUGAUACAGUGUCACUGGUGUUUGAAUAUGGACCGGCAAGGCUUCGGCCUCUUGCUCCUAUAAUGAAAAUUCUCGUCAACGGUUUCCUUUGCAUAACUCAACUGGGAUUCUGCUGUAUUUACAUUGUGUUUAUAGCAAAUAACGUUAAGACGAUAUGCGAUGAGUACGGUAUCCAUAUAGAACUGUCUAUCCAUAUGAUUUUUGUGGUGAUCCCGGUUCUUAUUCUCUGUAUGGUUCGAAACUUAAAAUAUCUUACUCCAUUUUCAACGGUCGCCAACGUUUUAAUGGCUGUAGGGGUUGGCGCAGUGUUGUAUGAAGCCACGCAAGACCUACCACCCGUGGAGUCAAGGGAAUACUUGGCCUCGUGGCACCAACUGCCUUUGUAUUUUGGAACCGCAGUUUAUGCUUUUGAGGGUAUAGGUUUGGUAUUGCCCUUGAAGAAUGAAAUGAAAAAUCGGGAGCAGUUCCAGAAGCCACUAGGCGUGUUGAACGUAGGCAUGGUGGUUGUGGCCAGUAUCUUUGUCGUUGUGGGUUUUCUCGGCUAUCUCAAGUGGGGUGACGAUGUCGCUGGAAGUCUAACACUUAACUUGCGGCAGGGACACGUUCUGAGCACCACGGUCCAAGUUCUGAUCACCGUGGCGAUGUUGCUGACGUACCCGUUGCAGUUCUACGUUCCCAUUGCAAUUACUUGGCCUUUCUUACGCAAGAAGUUCGGUCAGAGGCUACCAGUAGCUAAGGAGCUGGGAUAUCGAGCGCUGAUAGUUAUGCUUACUUUUAUCUUGGCGGAAUCAAUACCACAGCUCGGACUCUUCAUUUCACUGGUGGGCGCGAUUAGCAGCACAGCCCUGGCGCUCAUAUUUCCCCCUAUCAUUCAACUCGUGGCCACUUACCAGAAUAAUAAUAAGAUACCUCCUUACAUGAUCUUGAAGAAUAGUCUUAUUAUAACGCUUGGUAUUUUCAUUUUCAUCGCGGGAACAUAUCAAAGUCUCGCGUCUAUUAUACGGGCAUUCUAAUCAUAUUAAUGUUUGUUAUAUUUUAGGAUAGAUAAGGAUAACAACUACCUACUUAUCUCUUGAAAUGUCUUAUAUAGUUAAUUUAUAUGACGUGACAAACACGUUAGUGUGAAAAAUUCUUACCCGAAUUGUGAAGCACACGUGACUACGAAUACUAUAAUUCGUGAGAUCAGAGGGAUGAAUGGAACAAUGGUAGGCAUAAUGGUAAUUGAAGCGAUUCCCAUCGGAAUCCUUCCGUCAAUCUAUGAUCAAGUGACAUUUCAAACUGUCAUUUUUAUACAUUUUGGUGUUUACUGAAGAUAAUUCAAAAUGGUGUCCAAUAGAAUACAAUUUUCUAAUUAAAUAAAUUUUCUAAGAAUCACAUGUAGAAAUUCAGAACUAUGCUAAAUUUAAACUCAAUCAGACUUAAGAAUAUUAUAAUAUAGAUAUAUUCUUAUAUAUAAAUAUAUAAACGCAACAUAACAGACUCAUCGCGAGAUCUCCGAAACUAUACAUAUAUCUGUAAAACUUAUGUUCCGCACUCCUGCAAUAGCCUCUGAAGUUGAUAACAUGUCCAUCAACGUUAUAUGCUUUACUGUUAUUCACAUGUUUUUUGUGCGAGUAUCUUGUGAAGCAUAAUGUUCACAUCAUAGUACUACAAGAUGGUGAGGCUGAGAGCCGAGGUUCGAACUCAUAGGUCAGAUCCUCAGAACUUAUCUCGGAGUCUAAACUAACUACUCAUAUUUCAAACCUGAGUCUAGUACUCGCCUGCUCACACCAUAGUGAUCAUUAGCAAUUACACAAUAAAGAAGUGUUUGGGUACCAUUAGAGGGCAUUGCGCAGAGCACUUUUGAUACGCCACUUGGAUAUACACCUUUAAUACCCAUAUACACUAUUUUAUGAAACACUUUGAAAAAAUCACUAUUAUUUUUAAUUUGUGAAAUAAAAUAUUUUAGGAACGGAUUCAGGGUUUUAAAAAUAUAUUAAAAAUCCUAAUUAAAUUUCAUCUACAUUAUAGAUUAAGACACGGUCUGAGUUAUUUUUUAUAAUAACUUCCGUAUAUUUAGACUAUUUUACCUCAAAGGUGCUCUCAUUUGAAAUAAGCCUUCUGUUUAAAACAUAUUUUUAUUUAUAUACCUAUAUGAAAUCACACAUAUAUGUUUUAAUUGAUACUGUAUAUAAUAUAUAUACCUGUUAAUAAUAUAAACCUAAAUACUAAAUAUGAACCUUUAUCAUAAUAAAAAAAAAAUUUAAUAUAAUCCAGAUACAGAGAUCAUUACUACAUAUUACUUUUUACUAUAAAUAAAGUAAACACAAUAACAUACUGAAAUGAUGUACGACGACAUUAAGGUUUAAUUAGUGCUUUGGCCAAUUCGACCAUAGUAAGCCCAGCGAACUGAAAUUAUGAAUUUGUAAGUAAAAUAACAAUUACAAAUUAGCUAAUUCUAUUUAAACAUUUAAUUUCUUGUUUUUUUUUGUGUAAGUUUUCCAAUUAGAAACUUAUUUUAAUAACUUAAUUUAAUGUGUGUACAUAAAUAAAAUGUAUGUAUUUAUUAAUUCUUUUACGUAUAAAUAUUUUGGAAUAAAUAUUGGUGUAUCUAGUAGUACUUACGAUGGUAGUUUUUUGUUUAUAAGAAAAGAUCAUUUGUUGAAUGUUUAUUACAAUUACAAAAACCGAAUUUAUACAAGUUUGAGAUUUAAAAAAUAUGUGUAUGUCAUAUUUAAAGUAGUAAUAGUUUAUAUUUUUUACAGUACUCAUACAUAUAUAUUUAUUAUAUCGAUAAUAAGUAUAUUUGUAUGCAUGCCCAUAUCGGUCGAAGGUAAACACUUGCCGCCUUCUUACUGCUUAAAAUAAAAAUAUAUAAGAAAUAAUCUCAAUAAUACGAUAUUGGCUUCGUAAGUUUAUUGUUUAAGUUUUAAGAAAUACUUAUAUGCUGAACCAAAUGAUUUAUUUCUUUUUAUAACAUACGAAUAUUAUAUGGACUUUUAAUAAUGUAUAACAAUAUUGUUACCAUUGAUGUGUCAAAUCUGUGUGAUAGGAUAUAAUUCUGUGGUCUAGCGUCAAAGUGGCCAAAAUCAAUAAGCCACUUUGUAAUCAGAAUAAGAUUAAUGAACACAUGUUGGUUGUUUUAUAUAACACAUGCCCCUUUGCGUAAUAUUGUAGAUAUAAGUAAUAUUACGGUAGCACAAAUAAGAAUAAUUACUUUUUAGAUGUUUUGGCUAACGCCAAAAUGUUUUAUAUUUUAUUAAAAUAUAUACUUUGGCUCUGUCGACACCUGACCACUGAAUUGCUACAUUUAUUAUAAGGAUUGAGCAAGUUAACCAUUCAAAUUACAUAAAUAACAGAACGCAGGUCACAGGUUUUUCAUUGAAAAAUCUGAUUGCAACUUAUCACUUAAUUCAAAACUUGUAGAACGUGAAAGGCUCAGAGUACUGGUUUGAAAAUAAAUCGCAAAUAAUUUGCAGUUAUUUAAUGCUGAACAUCCGAGCAUCACCUUGGCGUGAGGAAUGUUUUGUAUAAAUAUUAAAAUUGCUGCCUGCUGUACCCUGCGAAGAUAUUAUCUUCGUGUCAGUUUCUUGCUUGUAAACUGUGAUAGAAAAUAUUUAUGUUAUUGGGAAAAAAUAAAGAUUAAAAUAUU